AUGCCCCAAGUGCAUUCAUCCGGACACAAAGCAAAGGAUUGUCGACACCUUUUCGGUAGGGAUCGAUACCAAAUCUCUGCUGGAGUGAUGGGCAUGAUAGCACCUAUCCAUGGAACUGGCUUGCGGCGCACAGGGGGAACUUCAAGCCAGGACAGGACCCACACGUACAAAAUCCAACUCGAAAAACUAGGUAUUGUUACAAUCUCAGAUUUUUUUUGCGCUGCUAAUGAUAUCAUUAGGCCAUUCGAGGUAUAUGAUCCUCUUAAGGGAAAUGCAUAUCCCGAGGUGGCGUUCGACGAUGUGAUGUCGAAGGAUACCGUAGUGCUGAAGUGGUUAGAAAACAUCUGGGUAUGGGGAUUCUGCUUCGUCAAAGGUGUUCCUGUCAACCCCGAGUCAACCAAGACCCUGAUCGAGAGAAUCGCCUUUGUCCGACACACACACUACGGUGGCUUUUGGGAUUUUACGGCAGAUCUUACCUUCAAGGACACUGCAUAUACAAACGAAUGGCUGGGUGCCCACACAGACAACACCUACUUUACAGAUCCCGCGAGACUCCAGCUCUUUCAUCUGUUAUCCCAUACGGAUGGAACGGGGGGAGCGAGUUUACUAGUGGACGGGUUUGCAGCUGCUAAAGAACUGGCUAUACAAAACCCAGACUUUUACGACAUAUUGGCUACCUCUAGGCACCCGUGGCACGCAAGUGGUAAUGAAGAUGUCUGCAUUCAACCUUCCACCUUGGAACCUGUUUUCAAAAUUCACCCAGAAACGAAUGCAGUUUAUCAAGUGCGUUGGAAUAAUUACGACCGAGCACCGAAGAGCGACUGGCAUCCAUUGGAACAACGGAAAUGGUACCGCGCAGCUCAAGCCUACAACAAACUGUUGACCAGGCAUACAAAUGAAAUAUGGACCCAAUUGGAGCCAGGGACAGCAUUGAUCUUUGAUAAUUGGCGAAUGUUGCACGGCCGCUCCGAAUUCACUGGAAAGCGACGUAUGUGCGGCGGUUACGUCAACAACGAUGAUUUCAUUUCACGACUGCGCCUUCUGAAGUUUGGCCGCGAGAAGGUCUUGAACAAUCUCGGAAAUACUCGGGGUUGGAAGUCCUCUGACAACCCGUACUCAAUAUAUUAG